CGAUUUAACACGAGUACGCAGGCUUUUCGAAAUCUAGCGACAUCAGUGGUAUAAGUGAUACCUUUAAAAUAUUUUUUUCAAAAAACAGCUAUGAAACGCUUGAACGAAAACAGCAAUAAACCAAAAGUUCAGUCAAAAAAGAGUAGAAUCGGAGAGCUCAUCGGACGAAGAAAUAGUUUACAAUGAGAGCGAUGAUGAUAUAGAAGAAGAAUUUAGAGAAGAAG